AUGGGAGCAUACAAGUAUAUUCAGGAAAUAUGGAAAAAAAAACAAUCAGAUGCUAUGCAUUUUUUGCUACGUGUCAGAACUUGGGAGUAUAGGCAAUUACCAGUUGUUCAUAGAGUAUCUAAACCAAGCAGACCAGAUAAAGCAAAAAGAUUAGGAUAUAAAGCUCUUCAAGGUUUUGUAAUAUAUAGAGUAAGAGUUCGAAGAGGGGAUAGAAAAAAGAGAGUAAGAAAAGGUGUUGUUCAUGGAAAGCCAAAACACCAAGGUGUUCAUAAACAAAAAUCAGCAAGAAAUUUAAAAAGUGUCGCUGAAGGUAAAGUAGGUAAAAGUAUUUGUGGAAAUUUAAGAGUUUUAAAUAGUUAUUGGGUAGGUCAAGAUGCAGUAUAUAAAUAUUAUGAAGUUAUAUUAGUAGACCCAAUGCAUAAUGCAGUAAGAAAUAAUGCUAGCAUAAAUUGGAUUUGUGAUCCAGUACAUAAACAUAGAGAAUUAAGAGGUUUAACUUCAGCAGGAAAGAAAUAUAGAGGUUUACGUGUUAAAGGUCAUUUAUCUGCUAAGAGUAGACCAUCUAUAAGAGCCAACUGGAAGAGAAGACAAUUAAUAAAAUUAAAAAAACGUAGAUAA